GGACACCAAAGAAUGAAAGAAGUAUAGAUAACGCACUAUUACAUCAAUCUAAAAAAUGAGCACCGGCCUUCAACUUAAAAACCACUAAUCUCGCAAAACAAACUCCACGUAUUUCUUCGUCUCCUUUCUCUCUCCUCCCAUCUUUAUCAGUAAAUUUCCACCCACCAUUUUUAUUUAUUUCCAUUUAAUUAUACGCCGAAUUUUGACUUCAAGUUUCCCCCUUUUGACUUUUUUACAGGAAAAAUUCAUAACUCCCCUUUCACCCAACUGAAACGCACUCACUUCUUUGAAUUCUACACCAUGCAAUUUCCAAUUCCAAUUCCAAACCCCUCAAAAAUUAAACAACAAAUUUAACAAAAUUCCGCCAUUUUCAUCUCUUUCAAGAUCCAUGAUCAUGGCGGAUUCUCCCAAUCAUGGCCUCAUUAAUUGCUUCCCACUAAGUUGUGAAAACCUCACCAAACCCUGUUUUUUCGACUGCUACCCCAUCAUACCUGACCCCUUACCUUUUCCUCCGCCGCCACCUCCGCCGCCAUUGCCGCCGUCUUCUCAGAGUCAUAUAGCUCCUUUUUUGAUUGCUACUGUUUGUAUUCUGGGAGUUUCCUUCCUUCUUCUUACGACUUGUACUAUCAUUUUGAGGGUUCGUUUUACUGACCGGAGAAGAGGGGUUUCUCCGGCGAACUCCGAUGAUGCUUCGAUGAACGAUGGUGGGUCGGUUGUGGACCACCCAAUUUGGCAUAUCGCAACAAUUGGGCUUCAACAAUCGGUAAUUGAUUCAAUAACUGCUUUUAAGUAUAAAAAAAUUGAUGGGUUUUUUGUUGAUGGUUGUGAUUCUUCUUGUUCUGUUUGUUUGACUGAUUUUGAGGAAGGUGAUGAUCUUAGGUUAUUGCCAAAGUGUAGUCAUGCUUUUCAUGUUUCUUGUAUUGAUACUUGGUUAAGGUCUCAUAAGAAUUGCCCCCUUUGCCGGGCUCCUGUUGUGAAUGAGGUUGAGGGGGGUGAUUCUGGUGUAAUGGGGUUGAAUUCGAGUGGUUCGGGUUCCGGUGAGGAAGGUGUGAGGGUUAAUUUGGAGGAGGAUGAUGGAGGGGUUGCGUCUGGAGGAGGCGGCGAGUGUAGUAAUCGAAAUUCGAGGGGAGAAGAGGAUGUUUUGAGGGGAUUGCCUUUUGGGGAGGGUGUAAGGAUAGCUGAGAUAUUGAAGAAGAAUCGUGAGUUAAGGAUUUAUAGUGAUUUAGGUGAGAAUCAUCGGUUUCGAGGGGUGGAGGAGGGUUUGGAGCCGGUUAGGAGGUCGUUUUCGUUCGAUGCUGUUGCUGCUUCUGCAGCCUGUGGUGCUGUCGUGGGCAAUGAAGGGAGUUCUAGUGAUAGGAGUUGCAAUGAAGGGUGUUCUGGUGGUGGGAAUUCUGGAGUUGUUCUAAAGGAAAAGAAAGUUGAUUCAGGGAAAGGGGGUGGUAAUAAGAGGGGAUCGAGUAUGUCAGGUUUGUUGAUGAAGAGUUCGUCUAUUGGUCUAUCAUUGCAGAAGGGUCCUGUUUCUAUGAAGAGAUCGUUGUCUUCGAGUAGCAGGUUCUUUUCAUUUCGCAGGUCAAAAAGCCAGGCCUCAAUUCUUCCAUUAUGAAUAAGGUGGAUUGAUCAUCUUGCUAAUGUAAUAACACAUGCUCAGAUUGCUCACCACCUCAAAUAAUUAUACCGCUAUACAUUGGUGAAUUAUGGUCCCAACAUACCGAACUCUCAGGAAUAUAAAGCUGGUCUAAUUGUCUGUUGCCGAAGGCUGUUUCAGACGUGCGAGCAUAUAUAGGUAAUGAGGAUAGGGCAUUGGUAUGAUAUGAUAAAUUAAUGUAAAUAUGAUAAAUCUUUAUGUCAACCAUUGUGGUUUACUCAAAUUGAAGCCACUAUUUAUGAGUAGAGUGCCUCUGCAAUUUUUGCACUCAGUAAGUAAUGAUACAAUAUAAUGGCAUCAAGAACUACAAUUUAUCCUUUAUUUUUGCUGUAGCAGCUCAUCUUUUACUGGAAAAGUUUUAUUAUAUGCUGUUUUAAGUAUUA